ACGCGCCUGCGCAGUAGUGGGCGCUCGGGUCGUGCCGUUCCCGCCAAUUCUUGCGGUAACCCUGCCUGGACCUGGUUCUGCGCUCAUGGAGUCGUUUGACCCAGCCGAGCUGCCCGAGCUGCUUAAGCUUUAUUACCGGAGGCUGUUCCCCUACGCGCAGUAUUACCGCUGGCUCAACUAUGGCGGAGUGGUAAAGAAUUACUUCCAGCACCGUGAAUUUUCGUUCACUUUGAAAGAUGAUAUUUACAUUCGCUACCAGUCCUUCAACAACCAGAAUGACCUGGAAAAGGAGAUGCAGAAAAUGAACCCAUACAAGAUUGAUAUAGGCGCAGUGUAUUCCCACAGACCCAGUCAACACAGUACCGUGAAGCUGGGCGCUUUCCAGGCUCAGGAGAAAGAGCUGGUGUUCGACAUCGACAUGACUGACUACGACGACGUGAGGCGAUGUUGUAGUUCCGCAGACAUUUGUUCCAAGUGCUGGACCCUCAUGACCAUGGCCAUACUCAUCAUCGACCGAGCGUUGAAGGAGGACUUUGGAUUUAAGCAUCGUCUCUGGGUGUAUUCUGGAAGGAGAGGUGUUCAUUGUUGGGUCUGCGAUGAAUCGGUUAGGAAAUUGUCCUCCGCAGUGCGUUCUGGAAUAGUUGAGUAUUUGAGUCUUGUAAAGGGCGGUCAAGACGUUAAGAAGAAAGUUCACCUAAAUGAAAAAGUUCACCCUUUUGUCAGAAGAUCCAUAAACAUAAUUAAAAAAUACUUUGAAGAAUAUGCCUUGGUUGGUCAAGAUAUUCUUGAAAAUAAAGAAAGCUGGGAUAAGAUAUUAGCCCUUGUUCCUGAAGCAAUUCAUGCUGAUCUUCAACAAGGCUUCCAGAAGUGUCACAGCUCUCUUCAGCGUUGGGAGCACCUGAAGAAAACAAUAGCCAAACAUCAGAAUAACACCAAAAACGACAAAUGUGCACCCUGGCUGGAGUGGGAGAUUAUGCUGCAGUACUGUUUUCCACGGCUGGAUAUCAAUGUUAGCAAAGGAAUCAAUCAUUUACUGAAGAGCCCUUUCAGUGUGCAUCCUAAAACAGGUCGCAUUUCUGUGCCCAUUAAUUUACAGAAAGUGGACCAGUUUGAUCCGUUUACUGUUCCAACCAUAAGCUCCAUCUGCCGUGAGUUAGAUGCCAUUUCCAACAAUGAAGAGGAAAAAGAGGAGAAUGAAGCUGAAUCAGAUAUCAAACGUAGAACCAGAGAUUAUAAGAAGACCAGUCUGGCACCUUAUGUCAAAGUUUUUGAACAGUUUCUUGAAAACCUCGAUAAAUCCCGAAAAGGAGAACUCCUCAAGAAGAGUGAUUUACAAAAAGAUUUCUGAAGACAGCGUGCCUCAAACCAGUGUGGAUAUCUUCUGUUUUCACCCAACAAUCAAGUAUUUCUAGAGACAUUUUAAUAAAUAUGGCAGAACUGUGUAGGCAUCUUCAUGCUCAAAGUAAAAUUUUCUUUUCUUGAGAAGUAA